CACACUACAAAGUGUGCAUGUUUAUCAGUGAGCAUGCAUUUUAAAUGAUAGUCAUUGCUUGGCUAUUUUUAGCAGAUAUGUGGUUCCCCUCAGGUGUGAUAAUCUCUAAAAUGAUUUAAUUUCAACAAAUAACCCUGUCAUGUGAGGAACACUAUUGUCAAAGGUAAAGGCAAAAGAGUAUAGGAAUAUACUAAGUAACAGCUAGAAUGUCGAACCGACCAGUAAUACAACAGAGGGAAAGCAACAGGCCUGUUGUCUCACCCAGGGAAAGCAAUAGACCUGUUGUGACACCUAAGGAAAGCAACAGACCUGUUGUUGGGUCCAAGAAUGACAAUAUGUUGAUGGUAGCAGCGAUAGAUUUUGGAACUACAUUUUCAGGAUAUGCAUUUUCCAUUAGGGCUGAGCCAAAGAAAAUUCAAUGCCCCCACUGGAAUGCCCCCUCCACUGACCUUAUAUCACAUAAAACCCCCACCACUGUGCUUCUUGACGGUCAAAAGAACUUUAUUGCAUUUGGGUAUGAGGCAGAGACAAAAUACCUUGAACUUUCUGAAGAAAAAAAGCAGGAGGCCAACAAUUAUUAUUACUUCAGGAGAUUCAAAAUGAUGCUGUAUGAUAAAGUUAGAAAAGAGAGAUUGACUACAGAGACCAAGGUUUCCGACAUUAAAGGGAGAGAACUUCCAGCAGUUGAGGUUUUUGCUCACGCCAUUAGGUAUUUGAAAGAUCACCUGAUCAAGGAAAUAGAGUCUAAGGAUACCUCAAUUAUUGUAAAGGAUUGUAAUAUCACGUGGGUAUUGACUGUCCCUGCCAUCUGGGACGAUCCGGCCAAGCAGUUCAUGAGGAAAGCAGCAGAAAAAGCAGGAAUUGAAAGCAAAUCAUUAAUGGUUGCAUUAGAACCAGAGGCAGCAUCUAUCUACUGCAAAGAGCUGCAAGUGGAAAAGCUCAGUGGAACAGAAAGUGGAAUUGGAGUGUUUUCUCCAGGAAAGAAAUAUCUUGUUUUGGAUGCUGGAGGUGGAACUAUUGACAUGACUGUUCAUGAAGUGAAAUCUGGAGGCAAACUGCAUGAACUAAGCAGAGCUAGUGGAGGGAACUGGGGUGGGGUAAAAGUGGAUAUGACCUUCAAAGAGAUGCUGAUGGAAAUUGUAGGAGAGAGAUUCAUGGAAGGAUAUUGCCAUUCAAAUACAGCAGAGUACAUUGAGUUGUUCAGAGAUUUCGAAUUAAAGAAAAGACAGAAAGUGGAUGAUAGGUCCCAAAAUAAGAGAAUCACGAUGAAAAUUCCCGCCACUUUUGCAGAGAAAUACGAAGAAUUAGAAGACAAAGACAUUUCAGAAAGAACCAAAGAAACAAAAUAUAGCAAACUAUUGAAAUGGGAAGGAGACAAAAUACGAAUAAAUAAGGACAUUUUUGAUGGAUUUUUCAAACCGUCUUGUGAUGGGAUUGUUCAUCAUGUAAAGGAACUCUUAGCGGAUCCAAAAGUGAAAGGAACAAACGUCAUUUUAAUGGUGGGUGGAUUUUCUGAGUCGGCAAUAGUUCAGCAAGCUAUAAGAGAUGCAUUCCCUGAAUGCCGAGUGGUUAUUCCACAUGAGGCAGGUCUCGCAGUUUUAAGAGGUGCAGUGCUAUAUGGACAUGAUCCUAGCGCCGUUGCUUCCAGAAUAGCCAAGUAUACGUAUGGGAUAGGAUGCACGGAACUUUUUGAUCCCCAGAAACAUGAACCGAAAAGAAAAGUGGUUAUUGAAGGUAAAGAAAGAUGUAGCCAUGUUUUCAGUAAGCACGUUGAGGCAGGGACCGUAUUGUAUCUCAACGAGGAGCAGGGGGAACACUCGUACUUCCCAAUAUCAGUAAACCAAAAAGCAAUAUCAUUUCCUCUUUACACCACCGAAGCAAAGGAUCCCAAAUACACUGAUGAACCGGGUUGCAAUUAUCUUGGAACACUUACCAUGGAUAUAUCAAAUACUAAAGGCGGACUGGAGAGGGAAUUCAAGGCUCGACUUAAAUUUGGUGGAACUGAACUCACUGUUACGGCUCUGAAUGUUCAAACGAAUGAUAUAGCUCAUGCAGAUUUUAAUUUCCUCGAAAAAGAACCUUGAGUAAAUAAAACAAUGUAAUUUUGUUCAUGGAGUAAAUCAUUUGUUAGUUGUGUAGAAACAUUCAUUUCUAAAUAUAUUUCCACCUUCAUAAAGGAAUUCAAUCAAUUUAUAUGUGCAUACCAUAAAUUUUGUUAAACAUGUUUC